AAUAAUAAUAAAAAUAAUAAAAUUACCCUGAGAUAGCAUCGCCGCGACCGUAGCCGACAACCGCCCCAUCACCGCCUCCGGCUUGUCACCAACGGCUCCUCCGCCCACGCCACACCAUCGAUCCCCGCAGGCGCCACCCGUGCACCUCUUCCCCCAGAUCUGCCACCAUCUCACCGCUGCGCCGGCCCAAGCCCCAGUGGGCGGCGCUCAUUCGGGACGCAACCUCUGAUAGCCCAGCCUGCAGUCUCGGCAGCCGAGUCACGAAUCCUCAGUUCGCCCCAAUCCGAACCAGAGAAUUUCCAUUCCGGACCAACCCUCGUUGGCUUGUUCACCAUACGAGAAAAGGUGGCUUCCGAAGGAGAUUGAGUCUCUUCCGUUGUCAAACCGGAGCCGAGAUCUCCUAGACCUUGGCCCCCAUCCUGCCUCAGGAAUGCCGAGCGGUGGGAGUUCACUAACUUUUGGGUUCUUCACUUCUGCGUUUCUCCGUUUCGGUCUAGCAACCUUCUUGCACUUCUACUACGUCACAUCUCUCACGGUGCCAAGUUCUAGCUGUUACGCCUUGGAUAAUACUAGUCGCCUUGUUGAUUUUACUGAGUGGACUGGCCAUACUUUUGAAUAUGAUGGAAAGGAUGCUGAUUUGGUGGUUCGAUUCUGCAAGGAUGUGGAGCGCUGUUCUCAAGCGGGAUAUAUAGAUUUUGGCCGUUAUGAAACUUCAAACUAUUUUGCAGCUGGUUCAGCACCAGUAGACUUUGUUCAGGGGUAUUACAAUGGAGACUUGCAAAAUUGUGAACAUAGUUUUGACCAAAUGGGUCGUAUAUCUCAGGUAGAUAUUAUAUGUGGAAGUUGCUUAAAUGGAGCAUGUACAGGGCAAUCUGGUUGCAUAUGUAGUGUAAGCUAUGAUGAAUCUCUAUGCAGGGUGCAUGCUCAACUAGCAAUUCCAUGCACUAAUCGUGGUUCUCGAGUAUUUGAAGGUUUUACUGUUGGUUUUCAUCCUCGCUCAUGGGAAAUUGUGUCCAAUGGAAUGACUCAACUAGGAUACGAGAAGCUUCAUAAUGAAUUCAGUUUUGGUACUGAACAGACACAUGUAUCUCUAUAUUUGACAGCAAAAUUCAGCCUUUCUGGUCUUGUAAGAAAACCACUCAUCAAGGUUAACCCAGAUAAAGGGCUAGAGGUCAAGUUGACAGGUUCAGCAGAAAAUGGCAGAGCCCCUACAACUUUAUCACCAACAGUUCUCAAUAUAUAUUGGAGAUGUGAAGUAGCUCGUGACACUCCUUAUGAAAUCAAGAUUAUGGUACCAGUAGAUGGCUAUGAUCCAAUUGGAUUCACCCUGACAAAGCUAUGCGAUUAUAGGCAAGAAAGAGAGGAUGAUUCUACUAAUGGAUGGGCUACAUUUGGAGUGCUUUCUUGCAUCUUCAUUGUCUCCUCUAUGAUUAUUUGCUGUGGAGGGUUUUUCUACAAAUCCCGUGUAGAACAUCAGCAUGGUCUUGAUGCCUUGCCAGGAAUUACAGUCCUUUCUGCACUUCUGGAUAAGGUAUCUGGAAGUCGUAGCUAUAGACUAGGAGAUGUAGAUAGCCAUAAUUUUGCAAAUCAGACAUCUUGGGAACGCCCAUCUGCUUCAGCACAAGGAAACCCAAGGACAGAGGAGACUAGAUAUGGGUCAAUCUGAUAAAAAAAGCAUUGAUGACUAGGUAAACAUGGACUUCUCAUUUAUAAAUACCAUGCCACAUCGAUUUUUUCUAUCAAUUUGGGAAUUUUGAUUCUACUUGGCAACUUUAAUGUUUUAUUUCAGAGAGGUAAUUUCGAUUUGUUUCAUCAUAUUAUGUUACACCAAGGAUUUGAAAAUAUCCCUGGGUGAAUAUUUCAUAAAAUUUUCUCCAAUGAUAUGCAUUAACACUAAUGUAGAUCUGUAGUUCACAUUGUCAUAAGAGGUAUGCUGUAGUAGAUAUAAAGUUCUUGGAAAUUUGUUUAUGAGCAUCGUUUUUAAUUCCUGGCAGACUGUCUUUUCUGUCAUAUUUUUUCCUUUUGUAGAUUCACUAGUCCAGAAAAAAUGUACAUGAAAAUUUGAGCUGGGAAGCUGAAUGGCGACUGUACACUCUGGAUAUUCCCUCGCGAAAUGAUAAAGCAGUUCCGAAGUUGCACUUGAAUCCCAUUUUUUUGGCAAGUUUCCAACUUGACUCAAUUGCAUUAGUUUUUUAACCCAUCCUUCAAUGGCGUGCACAUUGUAUUGCACGCUUACUUUAUCAAGAGGUUAUAUUAGAGCAAGCUUUAUGAUAUAGCUUUUUUAUUUAUUUUUCCUUUGGUUUGUUUCAACAAAACUUGUGGAAUUCUGAUAUACUUGGAGAUAUGGAAAUCAUGGGCAUUAUGCUAA